ACCUUGGUCCUCUCUGUGUUGGCCCAGUUUCUUCUGCUCUUUUGAAUGACGGGACUCCGUCGACGCUUGGAUCUAGGUGGUGUCUAUCAAAUAUUUGACCGGGCCUCACGGUUUACUGCUUAUGGUGCAAGUAACUCCGGGAGUCGUGAAUCAAUUGCCAUUUGGAUCCAAAUGGGCACCGAGACUAUGGGCACCGAAGCCAGCUGGGAACAUAUACACACCCUAUACUGCGCAACAACCUAAGGAAUCGGAAAUCCGCCGAUAUCGACUAGACUUAAGCUCAAUUCAACUGAUAGGUGACUUGCCCGAUUCUGUAGGCAUUGACCGGAGAUCAAGAUGUGCACACGACGCGAAACCUAAAUAUCCAGAGAGGUUUCACGCAAGUCUCUCCGCGUACGAAAACAGCUGAUCCGGCUUGAUACCAACAGAUGAAGUUCAUAAGACGAUCUUGAAGCCAGCGAUGAAGAUCUCAACAUAGAGCUGUAUAGUUUCGAACUGCGUGUCCUUGCUGAUAGACGGAGGCUACGAUGUCGCAGGUUGUUCCUGCGAAGUAGUCAUUCCUGACGAAGGAAUAAAUGACAAUGGAUACG